ACCACAUGGUUCCAGUUUGCUGUGGCGUUCUCGCUGCAGAUGGAAGCGAAGCUGCGCCGGCUCCCUCCUGGAUGGGAGUCUAAGUCGGCCUAUCGCCCGCUGGACUUAGGAGGGAGGAGACGCGGCAAUGAGUCGAUUUACCCAGAGCUGAGACUUGCCCACCCGGCCACCAUAGGGCGCGCGGGUGCGUGGGGGUGUACAGCUCCUCGCUGCGCUGGGUCAGUGGGCAGAAGAGGAGCAGGAAUGACCCGCAGGCUUAGUUCAGGGUUCAGUAAUAAGCAAGGACGGGCUGCGCCCGGCCGGCCCCGGGUGGCCUCGGCAAGCUAGGCGUCCAGGUUGGCAGCGGACUAAGCGCCCCCACGGAACCUGGGGUGCUUUUCCCUCAGGACGCCAGGCUGAUCGGGCGCGGGCAGAUUCGUUGGCCACAUAUUUGAGCCUCUUCCCCUUCCAUUCUAGGCUGCCGCGGGCCCCGCGGAGAGAGACCACCUGUGAGGGCUGCUGAGAUUGGCGGAGGCGGUCAUGUGGGCGGUCACGUGCUGCGGCGAGCUCCGUCCAAAAGAAAAUGGGGUUUGGUGUAAAUCUGGGGGUGUAAUGUUAUCAUAUAUCACGCUACCUCGUAAAACCGACACUGAAAGCUGCCGGACAACAAAUCACAGGUCAAAAUUAUGAGUUCUUCGUAUUAUGUGAACGCGCUUUUUAGCAAAUAUACGGCGGGGGCUUCUCUGUUCCAAAAUGCCGAGCCGACUUCUUGCUCCUUUGCGCCCAACUCGCAGAGAAGCGGCUACGGGGCGGGCGCCGGUGCCUUCGCUUCGACCGUACCAGGCUUGUACAAUGUCAACAGCCCCCUCUAUCAGAGCCCCUUCGCGUCCGGCUACGGCCUAGGCGCCGACGCCUACGGCAACCUGCCCUGCGCCUCCUACGACCAAAACAUCCCCGGGCUCUGCAGUGACCUCGCCAAAGGCGCCUGCGACAAGGCGGACGAAGGCGCGCUGCACGGUCCGGCCGAGGCCAAUUUCCGCAUCUACCCCUGGAUGCGGUCUUCAGGGCCCGACAGGAAGCGGGGCCGCCAGACCUACACUCGCUACCAGACGCUGGAGCUGGAGAAGGAGUUCCACUUCAACCGCUACCUGACACGGCGCCGCCGCAUCGAGAUCGCCCAUGCGCUCUGCCUCACCGAGCGCCAGAUCAAGAUCUGGUUCCAGAACCGCCGCAUGAAAUGGAAGAAAGAGCAUAAGGACGAGGGUCCAGCGGCCGCAGCGGCCCCCGAGGGCGCCGUGCCGGCUGCUGCCGCCACUGCCGCCACCGCCGACAAGGCCGAUGAGGAGGACGACGAUGAAGACGACGACGACGAGGAAGAGGAAUGAGGGGCCUAGCCAGGGCCCUUGGCUGCACCAGACACUCGGGAAAGCGUCUUUAGAGACUCACCGAUUUUAUUUACAAAAGUGGGAAAAAUAAAAAUAAAAUGUAAAAAACAAA